AUGGCUAAGUCAAAGAAUCAUACAAAUCAUAAUCAGAAUUGUAAAGCUCAUAGAAAUGGAAUUCGUAAACCUAGAACUUUUAGAAAACUUGCAACAUAUGGUAUGAACCCUAAAUUUUUAAGGAAUCAGAGAUAUUGCAGAAAAGCAGCUAUGGAAAAGGCUGCAGCUUUAGCAAUUGAAGCUAAAAAAGCAAUCUUUAAUUAG